UUCGUUGUAGAUAAUCCGGCUGCAAACUGGCUCCACGCAAGGUCCACCAGGAAAAAGCGAUGCCCUUACACCAAGCAUCAGACGCUGGAACUGGAGAAGGAGUUUCUGUUCAACAUGUAUCUCACUAGGGACCGUAGAUACGAGGUGGCCAGACUUCUCAAUCUAACUGAGAGACAAGUGAAAAUCUGGUUUCAGAACAGGAGGAUGAAAAUGAAGAAAAUCAACAAAGAUCGAGCGAAGGACGAAUAAAGGGAACACGCAGGUUAAAUCGAAAAUGCGUAAAGUUAAAAAAAAAAAAAAAAGAGUUCAAAACAA